AUGUCUGAUCGAAAUAUAGCGGACGGGAGGUCGGACCAUAAUUAUCUCGCCACAAAACCCUCGUGUUCUAGUACCAGAAGACACUCAUCCGCAUUACACAGUAACGAAUGUAUGACGAAUGUUGAAUCAGUUGUACUCACACAAAGAUGGACAGUCAGCAACUUCGAUAGUCUCUUAAAACUAAGUCAACCUGGAAGUUGCCUUCGGAGCACUGUUUUCAAAGAUGAUGCCGUUCCAGAAGCUUGUUGGCAAUUGUGUCUCUAUCCCGGCGGGAAACGAGAAGAGAAUGCAAACAAUGUCUCACUGUUUCUGAAAAUGUCAGCGACAUCACCUUCGAAGGAAGUGAUCCUCAAGGCCGAAUAUCGUUUCUAUUUUCUCGACGACAACGAGGAGCCAAAAUUCAGUAAUGUAAACGUUGGUGAAUUCCACGCAAAACCACCGAAAGGCGGACAUUCGUGGGGUCUCAGAAAUAUUCCGACUGCCAAAGUACAAAAUAGUAUCCGCCAAGAUAAGUCAUUGGUCAUUUCGUGCCAUAUCGAACUCAUUCCCGACGUGUCAAAAGUUCCAUGCAAACGGGUUCCAAUAAUGCCUUCGAUCAAAAUGCCAUUCUCGCAAGUUCCAACGUCAUAUGUCGAACGAGAACUGGAUAUGUUUUCCACUAGCGAAGGAGUGGACAUGACAAUUAUUGCCGGACCACCUGAUGGAGACCGGCAAUCGUUCCGUGUACACGCAUACAAGCUUCGUGCUCAUUCAGACGUCUUCCAAAUGAUGCUCAGUCAUGGUCAAAUGCGAGAAAGCCAAGAAAAGAAGAUUGAAAUUCUCGAUUUCUCACCAGUGGCUGUCCGUGCGAUGCUCGAAUUUAUCUAUGCCGGCGUGAUAAAAUCAGAAAUCGACGUGUAUCAGGCGGUCGAUGUGAUGCAAAUCGCCGAGAAGUAUCAAAUUCUCGCUCUGAAAAUGACAUGCGAGCAGCAUUUGCUGGACAGGCUCAGUGUGAACAACGUGCUUGAGUGCAUUACACAUGCGGAGCGAUACAACACUGAUGUCUUAUACGAUGCUUGUAUUGACUUCGCUGUGCAUAACCGCCAAACGAUAAUGGCCCUUCCGGCAUGGCGUGUUUUCAUUCAAGAAGAACCAAUGUUGGCCAACAACUUGCUCGAAAAGAUGGUCAAUGCCAAUGACGUCUCCCCACCAACCAAAAAAUCUCGUGUAUAG